CCCACUUUCGCCACUAUCAUUCCUGUCGCGGCUGCGCCAACCCGUGAGCGCGCAAACGUGAGUCCGCUCUCGGCUUUCCUCCUCGGAGUUUCCGCGCUGGAUGAUCACGCGCGCCAACACCGAUUCUCUCUCCUCACGUUUUUUCUCCACGAUUUUCCACGAACGGAGGAAACGCGUCGUGCGGUGCAUUCGUGUCGAGGUUAGUUAGUGUGCGGUUUCCAAGGAAAUUGGUUUCACGGACGAAUCGAUCGAUCGUGAACGCGGGAAUCGGUCCACGCGUGUCGUUCCAUUUAAUUCUCUCGAUAUUUGGUUUUUAUCGGGUGUAGAGAGAGGAAAAGAAAAAAGAGAGAGAGAAAGAGAGCGAGUAUCGAUCGCGAUCGAGGUUUUUUCUCUUUCCUUUUUGUUUUCUUUUACCCGCGGGCGGCUCGUGUUUCUUGGGAAAUGUGUGCCACGUGUAGUGAGCCCGCGAGUUCACCUGCUACUCCUACUGAAUGGGAUUAGAUGAAGUGCACGACGGAUGGCCUGAGCCUCGGAGCAAAUCUUCAUGGAUCGUUCACGAAAAUCGAGAAAUGAUCGGUCGCCGCGGUGUCCCGCAGAAGUUCCGCGGCGCCAAAGAUGCGCGCCACGACGCGCCAACAUCGCUGUCAAGAAUUUCGGAUCGAUUCUAGCUUUGACAAUGCUGACUGCGGCCACCGUCUCCUCUACCCACGUGCCCGACAAGUAUCCCAUCGAAGUGUAUCAUAUGCUACGGGAGAAGACUCAAUUCGCUCUUGGACGGGAUAAUCGUAUUAGAGGGACUUGGGGUCCGUGGAGUUCGUGGAGCGAGUGUUCGCGUACCUGUGGCACGGGGAUUCAAUCCCAAUCUCGUGAAUGCGUUCCUUACCAGCGACUGUUAAGGAAGCGGAGCAUUAUCUCGGAGAAUGGCACGAGCAACUCGCGACCCAUUUGCAUCGGUACAUAUAAGCGAUACCACACGUGCAACACGCAGAAAUGUCCGAACUUCCCGGAGGAUUUGCGGGCCGAACAAUGUGCCAAGUACAACGGAAGAAAUUACAAGGGCGAGAGUUACGAUUGGGUUCCGUUUUUGGAUGCACCGAAUUCUUGCGCGCUCAAUUGCCGUGCCGUUGGCGAGCCUUUUUAUGCAACGCUUGAAUCGGCAGUAAUGGACGGCACACCCUGCGACGCUCCGAAUCUUCGUGGAUAUAAUACUGGAAUUUCUAUGGAACGCACCGAUCGAUGGCUCUGUGUCGCCGGACAAUGCAAGCCCGUGGGUUGCGACGGUGUGGUAGGUUCCGGCGUCACGAUGGACGCUUGUGGUGUCUGCGGUGGUCAGGGUAAAGGUUGUAGACUGUACGAGGGCAUUUUUAUGGAACCAAUCCUGCCACGGGGUCAUCAACCUGUAACCAGUAUUCCGAAAGGAGCCAUGUCCCUCAACAUAUCCGAACUACGACACAGUAGCAAUUUCUUAGCGUUGAGAGACGGCAACGGUAGUUACAUCCUGAACGGACCCUUGGCUUACAGUCCAAGCGGCACUUAUAAAGCGGCUGGCACGACAUUAACAUACCAGAGGGGUGACAGAAACCGCAUGGAGUGUAUCUUGGCGACCGGGCCACUGAACGAUUCUUUGCAUUUAGAGAUUCUGGCACAGGAAAUGAAUCCUGGAGUACUUUACAAAUACAUGAUGCCGUUCAAUGGAAAGCCAUUAAUAGCACCGCCACUUUUUGCGACAGGAUCCAUCGAUCGUGGCAACGAAAUCCCCGAUUCGGAUGCGCGUGUUGGCCUCACGAUUCCUGUAACCAGAAUAUCCAAUCAGAAAAUCGAUUUAUUACCGACGAUUCGUAAUCAAGAUCGAGCACGAGGCCGUGAGAGAGGACGAAAGGAGGAGAUGAAGCAUUCCCCGACUACGGUGAUGGCCGGUGAUCAACCGAAGUUAAAGGGCAAGAAAAAGAAACGUGCACGAUUCGCUUGGAAGAUGUUCGGAUUGACUCCUUGUUCCAAAGAAUGUGGAGGAGGCGUUCAAACAGCUAUCUUCAAGUGCUUCCGCGAGACCAAGCAGAUGAUCGUGAACGACAAGCGUUGUCGCAACGUGGGAAAGCCGCAACACCCGCCUCCGUUGCGUUGCAACGACAAUCCUUGUCCACCUAGGUGGAGGGCCGAACCGUGGGGCGAGUGCUCGGUCACCUGCGGCACCGGCACGAGAACACGAAAAUUGGAGUGUGUACAGGAACUAAAAGCGAACUUAACAAUGCGAGUGUUAGACGGUGCGUGUGUACAACCGCCCGACCUUAGGACCGUGGAAACCUGUGCGAAACCGGCUUGCACCAAUAGUCCGGAAUUAAGGCAUAUGCACUCUCAACACGACACACCCAGAUGGGACGUCGGCGCCUGGGGUCCUUGUUCGACGACGUGUGGGAUGGGAAUUCGGAAUCGAACAGUGACUUGCAUCACGUCGGGAAGUGUCUGUCCCGCGUUCAAUAAACCCGAAUCUCAGAAAAUGUGCGAAUCCCCGCCUUGUAUUACGCACAUUGGUAUGGAGCAACGAGCGCCUUGGCUCUACUCGGAAUGGUCGGCCAAGUGUUCGGCAGAAUGUGGCAGCGGAGUGGAAACGAGGCAAGUAGCUUGCGCCGAUGUCAGCGAGUUGUUCUGCAAUCCCAAAGAGAGGCCGGAAACGGAAAGGGAAUGUUUCGGAAGAGGAACGAAUUGCGAUAGCGCGAAAUGGUUCACCGGUCCAUGGACAUUCUGUUCCGUGUCGUGUGGAGUGGGUGUCCAGUAUCGAGAAGUCCUUUGCGUCGCAAGGACGAACAACGAAUUCGUCGUGUUGCCGGCGAGCAAUUGCAGCGGCUCGAGGCCAGCGAACGAACAAGUAUGCAGAGCGGCCGCGUGCACACCGACAUGGUUCACCUCGGACUGGUCGAAGUGCUCGGUGACAUGCGGUACCGGCGUGCAAACCAGACUGGUUCGUUGUAUUCUCGAAGGUGUCAGCAGCUCGAAUUGCGAAGAUGCUGGGAAACCGAGCGACCAACAGCAAUGCAGCCUGGAGCCAUGCAAAAAGGAUCCUACGUCGUCGAUCAAACCGCCGAAAAAAGCGUAUGAAGCAUCGUCGGAAUGCGUUGACAAGCAUCCGGAUUGCUCGGUGGUCGUGAAAAAUGGUUAUUGCCGGAUCAAAUACUACAAGUAUUCGUGCUGUCGAUGCCGCGAAUAGUCGUCCGAGGACGAGUCAUCGUUUCAGGCAGGUUCACCUUUUCCAUGGUCGUGGCCGUUUUGAAUUCGAUUAAACUCGUUGCUUUCCUCUUUCAGUUAAAUAUAAACGGGGAACUCGAUAGAGAAUCUUAGCGAGUGAUAAGACUGUGACAAAGAGACGAUCACGUUAUGUACAAUUUUAUUUAACACGAUAAGCUAAUCAGCUAAUCCCGCGUAGCUUUAUUCCUUCUAUUAUCUUAUCCCCGCGCGGCACGCUGCGGAAGAACGAUUAUUUAAUUCCACAAGGAAUUCCGUUAAAUCCGGAAAGUGGGAUAGUAGGUGAAAAUUCACGAGAAAUCAACUAGUCGUUCGAGAGCCGAAGGCGUUGAAAAGGGAGCACGAUAUACGUCGUCGUAUAGAGUAGGAGAGAGUAUGAUGCGUCUGUAUACUGCAGAAACUCGUAUCGUACGGGGCAUGUAUAUGUGUUACGUGUGUAAAUAUCUCUCUGUAUAAGCGAACAGUUGCAGGGACGUAAUUUUGUCAAUGCAUCGAUCUUGAUCCUGACCCUACUUGACCACCAAAAUAACUUCAACAACGAUCGAUAGCGAUUCGAAAUUCUGAGUUCGUCGAAGCCGAAAUUCGAUUGCAAACGUCUCGAAAGCGAAACGUGACUACUACAUCCAUAAAAGCAACGGGAAUGAAAAAUUCUUAUCGAAUUUUUCCUAAAUCGCGUGCGAUAAAUCGAAUAGUAGGGAACGAUAAAUAGGUUGGAUCGUCGGCAAAGAACGAGAAGGGAUUAUCAUUGUUACGCCCCUGGAUGAGUUGCGAUCCCAUUUGCAUGCGCGUUCGACGUGAAACCUGUACGCCCAUGUACCACUUAGGUAAACCCUGCGUGCUUGUGCCCAGACAACCGUGCGUGGACACGAAACGAAACGAACCAAGCACACGAGCUGUGUCUGGUGUCGCUGCGAAAAGGAGAAGCAAAAACGUUUCGAUCGAUACAACUGCAUGUGCUCUCGAUGUACUUGGAUAGGUAGGCUGUAUUAGUUGCAAAAACAUUAUUUAUGCGCUCGUAUAAUCGCCAAUCGGACCACGAUGAAUGCGAAUAAUUUUUGUUAAUCGAGCAUUUAAUUAACAUAUCGAGUCGAAUGAAUUCGCCGAUUUUGAUUUACGAACCUGACUUUAUUAACAAAUUCAUUCAUCGUGACAAGGAUAGCGCGGUGAACUCAAACCGGAAGCGCGUCGGCAUAUUUCCCCCCUCUUUACAUUCUUGUUUUCAACAAGGAACGAGUUCGAGAACGCGUUCGAUCUUUAGAGAAAUAUUUUACGUCUAUGUCGAAUCGAACACUUCGCUCCAAGAGCUUUAUCGUGAAACUCGUGUAUUCAUCGUUUUCUAUAUAGUUGAUGUCAACUGAUUUGCCUAUUCUUUAAUGUGCGAACAUAGCUGUAGGAUAAUAACUUUAGCAGUGGUAUCGAAUCAAAUAUACGCUUGUCUCUGUUGUAAAAAAUAUAACACUGGUAUACUGUAUACGUAGAAUCGAAUUUAAUUUCCGACAUUUUCUAAUAAAAAUCGCGAGAAGUAUUACUAUUAAAAUCCACGAAUUACUCGCGCGUAGAGAAACCUUUACGAGGUAUAUGGACGUAGAUUAGCUUAAGUUCAAAUAGAUAACGAACGAUCAAUGGAAACCUCGUGAAAAUUGCGUGGGCAAUCAAUUUCUCAGUGUCAAUUAAAUCGCAUUCCGGUUUGCCUUCUCGACCAUGAAAGAAGUGUGCGAACACUGUACCAUAUUCCGAUUCGCUUUGUGUCCCUCGAGAAGCUAAAUUUCUGUUGCAAUUCGUUUCAAUAAAAUUUCCGUUUUUCCUUA